AUGGAAUUGCUGUUGGCGCGGGGCGGACAGCAUCGACCAGCGCCCGGACCAGCCGCGCAUUACUGGUGCACAUCGCGGCACCAUGGGGUUUUGGUGGCGCGCGUUGCGGUUCCGUCAGCAGCGCCAUCCGCACCAUGUUGCUGCCGAGCGAGGGUGUGGAACGCCGCCGGCCCCACUCUGGCGAAGCUUCUGGCGCUGAGCAUGAAGCGGGAUGACGAGAAUGCGUUGCAUUGUGUGAUGGGUGGGACGGCGACGCCCCGCAUCCUGAAGCCACUAGCUUCAGCCUGCCGGGUUUCCGGCACCACGGGGCCGCUUGCACCUGUCGAGGCAGCGGUGCGUCCGCUCUCGUACGUGAGGGGCUGCGGGCGGAAGCGGGACCGGCCCUCGCCGCCGGCAUUGGGGUGGCGCAGGCGGCCGUCCAUUCAGAGGCAGGAAUGA